CUGCGAAGAAAACUCAGUCUUAUGUUGUUUGUUCUGAUUCAUCGGGGGGUCAACUCCUGAGGAGCGGAUGAAGAAACAAAUUUUGCUUUUAUUCACAUUCAGAGGCAUAGUGAGCAAAGGCAAAAAGGGGAAAAAAAGAAAAUGGACAAUUUUAUCAUACGGACGGCCCAACCAAACGAUGUGUGCGAUAUCUUGCGACUCAUAAAGGAACUUGCAAAAUUUGAAGAGAUGGAGGAGCAGGUCAUCCUGACAGAGAAAGACCUACUUGAAGAUGGCUUUGGAGAUCAACCAUUCUACCACUGCUUGGUUGUUGAGGUGCCAAAAGAAAAGCAAACGUCAGAAGGGCACACUGUCAUUGCCUUUGCCAUGUACUACUUCACAUAUGAUCCUUGGAUUGGAAAGCUACUGUACUUGGAGGACUUCUUUGUCAUGCCAGAGUUUCGGGGUUUUGGCAUCGGCUCAGAGAUCCUGAAGGCCUUGAGUGAGACGGCAGUGAAGACUCGAUGCAGCAGCAUGCACUUCAUUGUGGCAGAAAACAACACAAAGUCUAUUGAAUUCUACAAAAGACGAGGGGCAGCUGACCUUUCUUCCGAGGAAGGUUGGCGCCUGUUUGCCAUUGACAAGGGGGAGCUGUUGAAAAUGACCACCAAAUAAAACUUUAAUGGUUAAUCCAGCUCUGUUUUCUACAGGUAGACUUGAUGAAUACUGUACAUCUACAUGAGUUACAAAUCUGCUAUGUCAACGCUACUCCCUUUGGAACACCUCCAGUAAAUGAUUGAAAUAAAAGGGAAGGCAUGUUUGAGUAAAUGAAAACAAAUUAAAAACACCAGCAGAAGUUUUAUCCUGUUUAUUUUUUUAAUUGUCAUGCAAUAAAUACAACUGUUUGAAAGAGUUUUAUUGAAAUGUAUUCAAAGAUUCAAAUUGAACUGACAUGCAAAGUUUCCAGAUUUGUUUUCCUUUCAAUAAUUUUCCAGAUUGAUUGAUGGUGAAUUAUCACCCAUCCUAAUUAUCAGAUAAUGGAAUAAAUUUAGUGCAUAACUACCAAUCCCUGCUGAUUGACUUUGACUUGGUGGGUCCCUUGGGUCUACUAUGGUACUGUUUUUAAUGUUGGUCAUUACUUUCGAACUCGGAAAGCAAUGUCGUUUUUAAGUAGCACUUGUUGAUACAAAAAGUUUGAGAACCACUGUGUUAAAAUAAAAUGUGUGGAAAACUGGUACAACAA